AUGUCUGAAAUAAGUCAUGAAUCCACUCCAGGCAGUGCUGCUGCCGAACAAUCAACAUUUAAUGGUUUUAUUAAAAGGGAGAAGAGCGCGUUUAAAAACAGAAUUAUCACGUUAUCAUACAAUAUCAAUAAUGAACAAUGUCUCAUACCAGAAAUAUUGUUGAAAAAAGCUGGCAGAGAAUUUAUGGAGGAAGUCUAUAAAUUUUUAAAACUUAAUAUUGGCUUAAAGUUCAACGUUGAACUCCAUGCUCUUUACGCCAAGCCCAACUUAGAUGAUUUAGAAAACACCCCAUUAGAUGUGAAAAGUUUUCAAACAAAAAUGAAAGAAAUGUUCGACAUCAGCGAAUUUGAAGUAAAAUUUACCAACAAUAUUGGAAGCAUUUUACAAAAAAUGGAAGAGUUUCAGGAAAGAGACAGUGGUUGGACUUUAAUACAAUUAAUAAAAGUUGUUCUAAAUAUAAAUAAGUAUCAACCACUGAAGGGUUCAUCCUAUAUAUCACUACCCAAAAAAUUGUUAAUGAAGAACGCAUGCGUAAAUGUCAAAAAUAAUGAUGAAUUUUGUUUCAAAUGGGCCGUGAUAUCAGCCAUAGUUAAUUUGGAAACAAAGGCAAAUCGUACAUCUAAUUAUAAAGUGAAUAUUUUGUCGAAAAAUAUUAACUUGAAGGGCUAUUGCUUAAAUUUCAAUGGAUUGAGCUUCCCAUUAAAAAUAAAGGAUAUAACCAUUUUUGAAGAAAAUAAUCCAUGUAUAAGUAUAAAUGUAUUUGGAUAUGAUGAAGCAAAUAACAUUGUUGUUGGGCCAUACUAUAAAACAAAAUGCAAAAAGCCUAAUCAUAUUAAUCUUUUAUUUCUUCAAAAAAGUAUUGGGGAUAAUACCAUGUGUCAUUAUGUAUGGAUUAAAUCUAUUUCAAGAUUGAUUAGAAACCAACAAACGAAAAGAAAAGAGAAGGUAUUUGUAUGUGAUGAUUGCUUACAACAUUUUCAUCUGAUAGAAAAAUUGGUAGCACACCAGAAGAAUUGCGGUCAAAAAGUAUCUUAUGUUCCGGAAAAAGAUAAGUCUACUUUAGAAUUUCAAAACUAUUGUAAUUCUAUGGAUGUACCGUUUGUAGUAUAUGCUGAUUCUGAAUGUAUAUUUGAAAAUAUUCAAACAUGCAUUCCGAACAUGGAUUCAUCAUCGACAACAUUAGUUGAUAAACAUAUUCCAUAUGCAUUUUCAUACUACAUUAAGUGUGCUUUUGAUAAUAGUUUAAGUAAAUUACGUAGUUUUAAGGGAUUUAACUCAGCAAAAUUAUUUAUAGAGAAUUUAGUAUCAGAUGCUAAAUUUUUAAAUGAUAAUUAUUUAAAAAAUAUUAUACCAAUGGCACCCUUGACCGAAGAGGAAAAUUUAGAUUUUUAUUCAAAUAAUAUAUGUCAUAUUUGCUCAAAAAAUAUUUUAAAUGAAGAAAAAGUAAGAGAUCAUUGUCAUUUAAGUGGAAAAUAUAGAGGACCGGCUCAUAAUACUUGUAAUAUAAAUUACAAAUUACCUUCAUUUAUCCCAGUUAUUUUUCACAACUUUUCGGCAUAUGAUUGUCAUUUAUUUGUGAAAGAGCUUAAUAAUAUUGAUGAUGGUCCCAUUAAUAUUAUUCCACUCAAUAAGGAGUUGUAUAUAUCUCUUUCAAAAACUAUUAAUAGCGAUAACGGUCGCAAUAUUGAAAUAAGAUUUUUAGACUCAUACCGGUUUAUGACAUCGAAUUUAGAUAAUUUAGUUAAAAAUUUAACUCAGGAUGAACUGAAAGUCGUCAAAGAAUUUCAUUCUGACGAUAAAAGUAAAUUUAAUUUGUUAAUAAGAAAGGGUGUUUUUCCAUAUACAUAUUUAAAUUCAGUAGAAAAACUCCAAGAACCUUGUUUACCAACCAUAGAUGAGUUCUUUAAUAAAUUAACUGAAUCAGAAUGUUCUAUAGAGGACUAUGCACAUGCACAAAAAGUUUGGAAUACUUUUGAGUGCAAAACAUUAGAAGAUUACUUAAUGUUAUACUUAAGAAGUGAUGUUUUAUUAUUAGCCGAUGUAUUUGAAAACUUUAGAUUAGUCUGUAAAAACAUCUAUAAUUUAGAUCCAUGUCAUUACUAUACGGCACCUGGUCUAUCUUGGGAUGCAAUGCUAAAAAUAACAAACAUAAAACUAGAUUUGCUUACCGAUAUUGAAAUGAUUAAUUUUUUACAAAAAGGAAUUAGAGGUGGAAUUGUUCAAUGUUCUCAAAGACAUUCUGUUGCAAACAACAAAUAUCUUUCUGACUACAAUGACAAAUUGCCCUCUAAAUAUUUAACAUAUUUAGAUGCUAACAACUUAUAUGGUUGGGCAAUGUCUCAAUCUUUACCAGAGUGUGAUUUUGAGUGGAUUGAAGAUAUUAGAAACUUUUCAUUGGAAAGUAUUCCGAUAGAUUCUGAUACUGGAUAUAUUUUAGAGGUAGAUUUGAUAUAUCCCAUAGAAAUUCAUGAUAGUCACAACAAUCUUCCAUUUUGUUGUGAAAAUAAAGCACCACCCAGUUCUAAAGAGAAAAAAUUAAUUGUGGAUUUAAACAACAAAUAUCAAUAUGUAAUCUAUUAUAAGAAUUUACAACAAUGCUUAAACCACGGUCUAAAAUUAAAUAAAAUACAUAAAUCCUAA